AUGAGUCUGUGGGUAGACAAGUAUCGGCCGACCUGCCUCGACAAGCUGGAUUAUCACAAACAACAAGCAUCUCACCUUAAACAACUGGUAGAGGGAGGAGACUUCCCUCAUCUUCUGGUGUACGGGCCGUCUGGUGCAGGCAAGAAAACACGUAUCAUGUGUACGUUGAGACAGCUCUAUGGGGCAGGUGUGGAAAAGCUCCGUAUAGAACAAUGCCAGUUCACAACCCCUUCCAACAAAAAGCUAGAGAUUUCUACUACAUCGAGCAACUAUCACAUUGAAGUGAAUCCAAGCGAUGUCGGUGUCUACGAUCGACUUGUGAUUCAAGAACUCAUUAAGAAUGCAGCUCAGGUCAACCAGCUAGACACUUCGACACAGAAGAGUUUUAAAGUGGUUGUUCUGACAGAGGUGGACAGGCUGACCAAGGAUGCCCAGCAUGCGCUGCGCCGCACCAUGGAGAAAUACAUGGCCACCUGUCGCCUGAUCCUGUGCUGCAACACCACCAGCAAGGUGAUUCCUGCCAUCCACAGUCGCUGUCUGGGCCUACGGGUCGCUGCUCCCUCGCUGGAGGAGAUCUGUCAGAUUCUCACCGUGGUCUGCAAGAAGGAGGGCCUAACGUUGCCACCAGAAAUGGCCAGAAAAAUUGCUGAGAAGAGUGGGCGCAACCUAAGACGAGCAUUACUGAUGUGUGAGGCAUGCAAAGUCCAGCAGUACCCAUUUAACACGGACAGAGAUGUCAGCGAGCCUGACUGGGAGAUAUUUCUGCGGGAAACUGCAAUCAUGGUUGCUCAACAGCAGUCACCAAAACGGUUGCUGGAAGUCAGGGCUAGACUGUAUGAGCUGCUGACACACUGCAUCCCUGCAGACAUCAUCAUGAAGGGACUGCUGCAGGAGCUGUUGUCUGUGUGUGAUGGGCAGAUCAAAGCCGAGGUGGUUCAGAGUGCAGCCUUCUACGAACAUCGCUUGCAGCAGGGGCAGAAGGCGAUCUAUCACCUAGAGGCUUUUGUCGCCAAGUUUAUGGCAAUCUACAAACGAUUCCUCGAGGAGGGGAUUGCCGAUAUGUUUUAG